CUCGGUAGUUUAGUGGAUCAUCUUUUACGAAGACUCGUACUUGCAUCAGAAUCGAUAGCAAAGAAGUUAUACAUAGCAGAGCGUCAUCAUGGUGUUGUCGUGUAGGUUCUACAAGAACAAAUACCCGGAGGUGGAGGAUGUCGUCAUGGUUAAUGUCCGCUCCAUCGCUGAGAUGGGGGCCUAUGUCCAUUUACUGGAGUACAAUAACAUCGAGGGCAUGAUUCUCCUGUCAGAGUUGUCCCGACGUCGUAUCAGGUCCAUCAACAAACUUAUCCGCAUCGGACGCAGUGAAUGUGUGGUCGUUAUCAGAGUAGACAAAGAUAAAGGAUACAUUGAUUUAUCAAAGAGAAGAGUCUCUCCAGAGGAGGUCACAAAAUGUGAAGAAAAGUUCGCCAAAGCCAAGGCUGUGAACAGUAUUUUACGUCACGUAGGAGAGCUGAUGAAAUACACGAGUGACGAACAGAUGGAAGAAUUAUACACAAAGACAGCCUGGUUCUUUGAUGAUAAAUACAAGAAGCCUGGGGCAUCGUAUGAAGCUUUUAAACACGCAGUGACGAACCCUGAAAUUUUGGAUGAGUUGGACAUUGACGAAGAGACAAAAAAUGUACUCCUACAAAAUAUUAAAAGGAGACUAACACCACAGGCUGUCAAAAUAAGAGCAGAUCUUGAGGUUGCUUGUACAAAUUAUGAAGGAGUCGAUGCAGUGAAAAGAGCGCUAAAGAAAGGUCUUGAAUUAUCCACAGAAGCUAUGCCAAUCAAGAUAAAUCUAAUUGCCCCACCCUUGUACGUUAUGACCACAUCCACACUGGAGAGAACAGAGGGUUUAGCCACACUCAACAAGGCCAUCGCUAGCAUUAAACUCACGAUAGAGGAGGCAGGGGGGAUAUUCAACAUCCACAAACAGCCGCGUGUGGUCUCGGACAUUGACGAGAUUGAGCUAGAGAAACAGCUGAAGCAGUUGGAGGAUCAGAACCGCGAGGUGGCAGGCGACUCGGACGAGGAGGAUGACGUGGAGGGGAUGGGGGAGAUAGACGGGGAGGAGCCAGAGGAGGGGGAGGAGGGGGGUGAGGACUGAGUGGUGGAUCUAACAAUAACGGCGUCUAGGGGUGGACAGACUUUGAUUAUUUAUCGGCAUUUAGGAGUGAACAGCCUUUGAUUAUUAUAUGUAUCUACAGCAAGUUAACACCAGCUGUUUUCUCUGUCUGAAUUGCUGGCGUAAAAAGGGAAUUUAUAUAUAGUGUUUGUUUUGUAUGUCAGGGAAAAGACCAAGAAGACUUGUAUACUGGUGCUGAUAUGUUUCAGAAUCAUUUGUAAUGCCAGUUUUAAAAUAUUUAUCUUUAAGUUAGCAAUUGAACAUAUUUCAAAGACCUAAGGCUAUUAAACCUUUCUUAUUUAUCUAAAUGAAACUCGAGUUGAAGUAUAAAUAGUUUUAUUUCCUGAUUCCUAUAUAUGAACUGUUGUAAGUGCUUCAAACUAUUCCUUAAAAGUACAUUUAAUCAAAAUUUUGUAUUUUAUUAUGUGUAAAAGUUGCUUGUUAACAGGAAAGCAUGCAAUAGAAUAUAAAUUCUGUCCAUGACUUCAAUCAGGAAAUCAAUAGAAAUAUAAGAGAGGUUAUUUUUCUUUAUAAUUGUAUAAAGAUAAAAAACAUACAUGUUCAUCUGAAAAUCUAAUCUUUGAAAAUAAAACAUAAAUCUGUG